CAACUUGAUGGUAUAUUACCAAGUAUAUAAACAUCUUUAUCAGUAACGUUAUACAUAGUUCACAUUCGAUGAAUACGAUGGAUUAUGUUAAUAAUUUUCGUUCUUGGUGUCAGUUAUACGCCAGACGGCCAAGACGAUCGAUGCACUCUUUGAUUCUCUUCUUCUUCUGAAUCUAGUUGUUCCUUCUAAGCGAAAAUUUUUCAACGAUAUAAUAUCAUUUUAUUCUCCACGAUAUUUUGAUUUUCUCGCAGAAAAUGUUGAACUUGGUAUGCUUGGAAGAUUAUGAAAAAUAUGCGAUAAACAAUUUGACGCCAAUCGUAAGAGAUUAUUAUAAAAGCGGAGCCGGUGAAGAAUCUAGUUUACGAUGGAAUAGAGAAGCUUUUAAGAGGUAUCGAAUAAAACCUAGAUUUCUUCGAGAUGUUUCAAAAAGAGACAUAAGCACGACGAUAUUAGGUGAAAAGAUUUCUAUGCCAUUGGGAGUAGCACCAUCUGCAAUGCAACGCAUGGCACACCCCGAUGGUGAAUGUGCUAAUGUUAAAGCUGCCGAAGCAGCGGGAACGAUAUUUAUACUCUCGACUAUAUCAACCAGCAGUAUCGAAGAAGUCGCGAAGGUAGCACCGAAAUGUAUAAAAUGGUUUCAACUUUACGUUUACAUCGAUCGAAACAUUACAUUGAAUUUAAUAAGGCGAGCCGAGAAAGCUGGCUUCAAAGCACUCGUUCUUACAAUAGACGCGCCAAUUUUUGGUGACAGACGAGCCGAUUUGAGAAACAAAUUUUCACUUCCUAAACAUUUGAGAUUAGCUAAUUUUGAAGAAGCUUUGUUGAAUAAAAUGACCACAUCUAAAACGGGAUCAGGUUUAAACGAGUACGUUAAUAAAAUGUUCGACCAAUCACUUUCUUGGAAAGAUAUUACAUGGCUCAAAAGCAUUACGAAACUGCCGAUCAUAUUGAAAGGUAUUUUAACUGCCGAAGAUGCAAUUUUAAGCGUGAAAUAUGGAGCCGCUGCCAUUAUAGUUUCUAAUCAUGGUGCACGUCAAGUUGAUGGUGUUCCUGCCACGAUCGAAGUCUUACCAGAGAUAGUGAAUGCAGUAAAGGAUAAAAUAGAAAUUUAUAUGGAUGGAGGAAUUAGACAAGGCAUUGACGUUUUUAAAGCUCUUUCUUUAGGCGCUAACAUGGUAUUUAUAGGUAGACCGAUGUUAUGGGGUUUAUGUUAUGCUGGAAAAAAAGGUGCAUUAAAUAUUCUUGAAAUGAUGAAAAAAGAAAUCGAUCAAGUUUUCGCUUUGACAGGUUGUACGACCAUAAAGGAUGUCACCAGUGAUAUGGUCGUUCACGAGUCACGUUACAGUCACUUGUGAUAUUGCCUUUCACACGAUAAAAUAAUUUUACAAUUUAUUCAACGUUAUGACAAUACAAUAAUCGACAAAGCAUACACGUUCGUUGUUUAUCAUCUUCGAUUUCGCUUAUAUUAAACCAAUUCAUAUAUGAACUACGAAGAGCACGUCCAGUUGUCAGAAAAUAUGCUAUGUAACAUAUUACUACAUAUAUAUUCGAUACAUAUUGGAUUAAUCACAAUAUAUUAUGAUAACGAUAGACACACAGUGUUCGAUGAUUGAUUGAUUAUGUAGCGGUAGUUCCUGCGAGGAUAAUACAUAUGUAUAAUACACGUACAAAAAAGGAGGAUACACAUCAG